GGCAAGUGUCAGGUGGCAGAGCCAGGCCUCGGCCCUGCCCUUUCUCACCCACAAUGUGAAUUCAUCAGCACCCUGAGUGUGCACUCAGCAAGGGCUUUCCAAAGGCCGACCCUCCUGACCCUCCUGACCCCCCUGACCCCCCUGACCCCACUGACCCCACUGUGGCUGGAGGUGUGGGGAGCAGCAAGGGGAUACGUGGAAAACAGACCUAAGCCGGCCACCCUCCCAGGCGGGGCAGCCCCCAGAUCAGUGCAGGAACGUUUCAGCAGCACAGGCAGGCGGCAUUUCCCUCCAAGACAAUAGCCCUGUCCCAGUGAAAGACACAGAGUGGAGAAGCCUCUCGCGUGGUCUCCGCGUCUGGGCUCCUUCAUCUGCCGAGGCCCCGCGCCUCCUCCUGACGCGGCUCUGCCUCUCCCACGCACCGGCGCUCUGGCUUUCUUCUUUCUCCCUCUGCCUUAAUGAUGCUGCCCCUUUCCUGUUCCUGGUUGAAGCUGAAGCCCGCUUCCCUUCGCCGCACACAACACAGGAGCAAUCUUCUCAGCCGUGCACUCACAGCUUGGAAAAUAAAGGGAGGAAGGAGUCCCAGCCACAGGGUAAAGGAACGGCCUCUCCACAGAGAAGCUGCUGCUCCUGAGCUGAAGUGACAGUCAAGUUCAGCAGCUGUGUGGGGACCAAGGGGACACAAUAUGAGACCAACAGCAUGGACUUCAAAGUUGGGGCAGAUGGGACAGUCUUCGCCACCCGGGAGCUGCAGGUCCCCUCCGAGCAGGUGGCGUUCACAGUGACUGCAUGGGACAGCCAGACAGCAGAGAAAUGGGACGCCGUGGUGCGGUUGCUGGUGGCCCAGACCUCGUCCCCGCACUCUGGACACAAGCCGCAGAAAGGAAAGAAGAUCGUGGCUCUGGACCCCUCUCCGCCUCCGAAGGACACCCUGCUGCCGUGGCCCCAGCACCAGAACGCCAACGGGCUGAGGCGGCGCAAACGGGACUGGGUCAUCCCGCCCAUCAACGUGCCCGAGAACUCGCGCGGGCCCUUCCCGCAGCAGCUCGUGAGGAUCCGGUCCGACAAAGACAAUGACAUCCCCAUCCGGUACAGCAUCACGGGAGUGGGCGCCGACCAGCCCCCCAUGGAGGUCUUCAGCAUUGACUCCAUGUCCGGCCGGAUGUACGUCACACGGCCCAUGGACCGGGAGGAGCACGCCUCUUACCACCUCCGAGCCCACGCUGUGGACAUGAAUGGCAACAAGGUGGAGAACCCCAUUGACCUGUACAUCUAUGUCAUCGACAUGAAUGACAACCGCCCUGAGUUCAUCAACCAGGUCUACAACGGCUCCGUGGACGAGGGCUCCAAGCCAGGCACCUACGUGAUGACCGUCACGGCCAACGAUGCUGAUGACAGCACCACGGCCAACGGGAUGGUGCGGUACCGGAUCGUGACCCAGACCCCACAGAGCCCGUCUCAGAAUAUGUUCACCAUCAACAGCGAGACUGGAGAUAUCGUCACAGUGGCGGCUGGCCUGGACCGAGAGAAAGUUCAGCAGUACACAGUCAUCGUUCAGGCCACAGAUAUGGAAGGAAAUCUCAACUAUGGCCUCUCAAACACAGCCACAGCCAUCAUCACGGUGACAGAUGUGAAUGACAACCCGCCAGAAUUUACCGCCAGCACGUUUGCAGGGGAGGUCCCCGAAAACCGCGUGGAGACCGUGGUCGCAAACCUCACGGUGAUGGACCGAGAUCAGCCCCACUCUCCAAACUGGAAUGCCGUUUACCGCAUCAUCAGUGGGGAUCCAUCCGGGCACUUCAGCGUCCGCACAGACCCCGUCACCAACGAGGGCAUGGUCACCGUGGUGAAGGCAGUCGACUACGAGCUCAACAGAGCUUUCAUGCUGACAGUGAUGGUGUCCAACCAGGCGCCCCUGGCCAGCGGAAUCCAGAUGUCCUUCCAGUCCACGGCAGGGGUGACCAUCUCCGUCAUGGACAUCAACGAGGCUCCCUACUUCCCCUCAAACCACAAGCUGAUCCGCCUGGAGGAGGGCGUGCCCCCCGGCACCGUGCUGACCACGUUUUCAGCUGUGGACCCUGACCGGUUCAUGCAGCAGGCUGUGAGAUACUCAAAGCUGUCAGACCCAGCGAGCUGGCUGCACAUCAAUGCCACCAACGGCCAGAUCACCACAGCGGCAGUGCUGGACCGUGAGUCCCUCUACACCAAAAACAACGUCUACGAGGCCACCUUCCUGGCAGCUGACAAUGGGAUACCCCCGGCCAGCGGCACCGGGACCCUCCAGAUCUAUCUCAUUGACAUCAACGACAACGCCCCUGAGCUGCUACCCAAGGAGGCGCAGAUCUGCGAGAAGCCCAACCUGAACGCCAUCAACAUCACGGCGGCCGACGCUGACGUCGACCCCAACAUCGGCCCCUACGUCUUCGAGCUGCCCUUUGUCCCGGCGGCCGUGCGGAAGAACUGGACCAUCACCCGCCUAAACGGUGACUAUGCCCAACUCAGCUUGCGCAUCCUGUACCUGGAGGCCGGGAUGUAUGACGUCCCCAUCAUCGUCACAGACUCUGGAAACCCUCCCCUGUCCAACACGUCCAUCAUCAAAGUCAAGGUGUGCCCAUGUGAUGACAACGGGGACUGCACCACCAUUGGCGCAGUGGCAGCGGCUGGUCUGGGCACCGGUGCCAUCGUGGCCAUCCUCAUCUGCAUCCUCAUCCUGCUGACCACGGUCCUGCUGUUUGUCAUGUGGAUGAAGCGGCGAGAGAAGGAGCGCCACACGAAGCAGCUGCUCAUUGACCCCGAGGACGACGUCCGCGACAACAUCCUCAAGUACGACGAGGAGGGCGGCGGCGAGGAGGACCAGGACUACGACCUCAGCCAGCUGCAGCAGCCGGAAGCCAUGGGGCACGUGCCAAGCAAAGCCCCUGGCGUGCGUCGCGUGGAUGAGCGGCCGGUGGGCGCUGAGCCCCAGUACCCGAUCAGGCCCAUGGUGCCGCACCCAGGCGACAUCGGUGACUUCAUCAAUGAGGGACUCCGCGCUGCCGACAACGACCCCACGGCACCCCCCUAUGACUCCCUGCUGGUCUUCGACUACGAGGGGAGCGGCUCCACCGCAGGCUCCGUCAGCUCCCUGAACUCAUCCAGUUCCGGGGACCAAGACUACGAUUACCUCAACGACUGGGGGCCCAGAUUCAAGAAGCUGGCGGACAUGUAUGGAGGCGGUGAAGAGGAUUGACUGACCUCGCAUCUUCGGACCGAAGUGAGAGCCGUGCUCGGACGCCGGAGGAGCAGGACUGAGCAGAGGCGGCCGGUCUUCCCGACUCCCUGCGGCCGUGUCCUUAGUGCUGUUAGGAGGCCCCCCAGUCCCCACGUUGAGCUGUCUAGCAUGAGCACCCACCCCCACAGCGCUGGCUGGCACUGAAGGACAGCAAGAGGCACUCUGUCUUCACUUGAAUUUCCUAGAACAGAAGCACUGUUUUUAAAAAAAAAAAAAGAAAGAAAGAAAAAAAAAAAAAAGAAAGUGCCUUUUGGUACAUGUAUCAGAUUCCCUCAAACUCAGGAGUGUCUAAAGCAGACAGACCGUCCCCACCUUCCCAUCCCGAGCGGCCUCCAACCCCAGCUAGUCCCAGCUCUGAAGGCAUCAUUCAGAAAUGGGGGAAGACUGUGUCUUUCUUACUUUUUUUUUGGUCUUCUUUUAUUAAGAAAAAGAAAGUGGGUGACUUGUUUGAAAACAGAGUGGGGUUCAAAUCCCAGCAGCCUUUGCUGUACACAGCUGGGGGUCUCUUGAGCCUCUUGGGAGUCAAGGCCAGCUGGGAGGCUUAGCCCUUCAGCCCCAGCAGCAGAAGGCCCUGGGGCUGGUGGGGCUCAGAAUACCCCUACCUUGUGGCUGCUCCCCACCCCCUCCCGGAUGCUGUGAGGAGCUCAGGCAGGGGGCUGGAGGGGAACAGGGGUCAUCCUGAAGGGGCUCCACCCCAAGUCAACCCAGGCCUCCCUCAGGGCCACCUGUCACCCUGAGUGCCACCAGGUCCCCUCUGCCUUUGGUCCAGAAGAAUGAGUUGUCCAAACCAGCCAGCAUCCUGGCUCCAGCCCUCCGACCCUGGUGACCAGACCCCAUGGGGUGCCAUCAACGGCCCCGCGACAGGCAUCAAUUCAAACCCCAGGACACUCUC